GUGACGACCCAACCAGCGCUUUGUUUGUUGCUUUGCGUCCCUUUCCGCGGGGAACUGUGUGAGGGGUAGGGGAAACUUUGAAAGUUGGAUGCUGCAGACCCGCUCUUUUUCAAGGUUCUUCUUUAUCUUGCUGCAUCUGAAGGCAUGGGUAGCAAGAAACUAAGACGAGUGGGUUUAUCACAAGAGCUGUGUGACCGUCUGAACAGACAUCAGAUUGUUACCUGCCAGGACUUUCUAUGUCUUUCCCCACUGGAGCUUAUGAAGAUGACUGGCCUUAGUUAUCAAGGUGUCCAUGAAAUUUUGUGUGUGGUCAGCAGGGCCUGUGCCCCACGGAUGCAAACGGCUUAUGAGAUAAAGACACAGAGGUCUGAUGCUCCAUCACCAGCAUUUUUAUCUACAACCCUCUCUGCUUUAGAUGAAGCCCUGCAUGGUGGUGUAGCUUGUGGAUCCCUCACAGAGAUUACAGGUCCACCAGGUUGUGGAAAAACUCAGUUUUGUAUAAUGAUGAGCAUUUUGGCUACAUUACCUACCAACAUGGGAGGAUUAGAAGGAGCCGUUGUGUACAUUGACACGGAGUCAGCAUUUAGUGCUGAAAGACUGGUUGAGAUAGCAGAAUCUCGUUUUCCCAGAUAUUUUAACACUGAAGAAAAAUUACUUUUGACAAGCAGUAAAGUUCAUCUUUAUCGGGAACUCAGCUGUGAUGAAGUUCUACAAAGGAUUGAAUCCUUGGAAGAAGAAAUUAUUUCAAAAGGAGUUAAACUUGUGAUUAUCGACUCUGUUGCUUCUGUGGUAAGAAAGGAGUUUGAUACACAACUUCAGGGCAACAUGAGAGAAAGGAACAAGUUCUUGGCGAGAGAAGCAGCCUCUUUGAAGUAUUUGGCUGAGGAAUUUUCAAUCCCAGUUAUCUUGACGAAUCAAAUUACAACCCAUCUGAGUGGAGCCCUAGCUUCUCAGGCAGACCUGGUGUCUCCAGCUGAUGAUUUGUCCCUGUCUGAAGGCAUUUCUGGAUCCAGCUGUGUGACAGCUGCACUAGGAAACACCUGGAGUCACAGUGUGAACACCCGGCUGAUUCUCCAGUACCUUGGUUCAGAGAGAAGACAGAUUCUCAUUGCCAAGUCCCCUCUGGCGACCUUCACCACAUUCGUCUACACCAUCGAGAAGGAAGGCCUGGUGCUUCAAGACAGGUGGCAGCAGUGGAGUUGGGCUCGAGACCAGCAUGAAGGACAGAGUGGUGAUAAAUCAUCCAUUCUUCUGCCCUUGCGAGACGACUUUUGCUGGAAAACAAAUGUAUCCUAAGCCUAUGACUUUGACCUCCUUAGCAAGAUGAGUUAACCAGGUGAGCUAUCAGGAAAAGCUAGUUGUCUCCAUGUUUAGAGAGUGGACUUAGUAUUCUCCCUGCCAAACUGGCCUCCUCCCUGUGCCUUGAACAGACCAGGCGUGUUCCUGCCACAGGAUCACACCUUCUCCUCUGCAGGUAGAUCCUACACCUGUACUCUUCUCCCCCAGGUGUUGCCGGGGCUCACUCUCUGGCCGCUUCAAGUCUUGCUUAGAUAUCACCUCAGUGGUGCCUUCCCUGACCAACUUGUUUUAAUUGUGCCUCUCCCACCACCAGCUCCCAGCGCUGGUACUUCCUGUCUCCUCCCCAGCUUUAUUUUUCUCCAUAGCAUUGAUCACCUUCUAGUAUCUUAUACAUGCUACUCAUCUUCUUGUUUAUUGUUUGUUUUCUCUACUAGAAUGUAAAUGUGAUGAGGACAGGAUUUUUGUCUGUUUUUCUCCCCGAUGUUUCCUCAAGUCUAGACCAUGCCUGGAACAUAGUAGGUGCUCAAAAAGGAAUGGUUGAAUGAGUAGCAGUAAAGGUAUUAGAAUAAAUAAAGACUUCUUAAGAGCACUAGCAUGGUGUCGAGCUCAUAAGAGGGAAUCCGUAUGUGUUAGGUCCCUUUCUCUCCUUCCCUUCUCCUCUGUUAAAUGCUAUGUGCUCAGCACAGUCAUCUCUUAAAAUUAAAAUAUUUCUGGAAGGGAUAACACAUUAAGCCUUGACAUCCAGUCCACGCAGCAGACGUUGCUGGGGGAAACAACCCACAGUGGCCCUCAAGAGAAGUGGAUGAGUCGUACCCUAAACCAGUCAGCAUCUCCUGGUCCAUCUAAUGGUGGCCGAGAAGUGUGGUCACAGAGGACGUUUUCAGUGCGGGGGAAACGGGAGACAGGCAUAGGGGACCCAGAUGGAGUGAGGUCCCCUCUCCUCUGCAUGCUGGAAUUCCUGGGACGUCUGCUCAUCGACCUGUGUAAGGGAGGCAAACGUUUUCCUGGACCCUCUCAGGAUCCCUGGCUGGGUAUGAAAAUUAAACUGCCAAAGGCAGAUUAGCAGGAGAGAAGCAUACACACUUAUUUAAUGUCAGUUUUGUGUGACACGAGGGCCUUCAUAAGGGAAGGAAGACCCAAGGAAACAGAUUUGAUAUUUUUAUGCUGUGUCUGAUGAGGAGUGGGCAGUCGUGGAGGAAUAUGAUAGCUUAAGGAACACGAGGUCAGAGGAGCGAACUGGGGAAACUCAGCAAGGCCUGUUAGGAUCCUUCUCGGUGUUCCUUUGUCUUCGGAGACAAGAUGUACCUCUGGGUAUGGGAGGGCACCACUCACGUGAGGGUUUUAUGGGCUGUUUCAGGGGAGAAGGGUCAGGGGAACUGUCAGAGUGACCUUCCUGCUUCCACUGUUUUCUCAGACUCUUUCAGCUUAAAAUAUUUCAUAUGCUAAGUUGACAUAUUUGGGGGUAGAUUGUCCAGAACCCCAUCACCUGCCGUGGGGUUGCAGAGGGUCCCUUCUCUUCCACGGGGGCUCUGCUGAGUUACUCAUUUACCCACUCACCCCUUCACCCCGACUUCAUUCAUUCGGUACAUAAGUACCAAACGUCCACAUGUGUCUGGAGCCUUCCGGGGCCUGGAGAAGUGGUGCUGAAGGGUGCAGACAAAGGCUCGUGGCUCCCGCUCAGGUACCGGGAACAGACCUCAAACGGGAAAGACCCACCCUUGGGCCUGACUUUCCUAUCCUCCUUUUGAGGUCUUCUCCCUCCCAGGGCCUUCCUCAGGCCGCACCGGGAGCCAGUGGCCUCCCAGCCCCCCUCCUGUCCUCACCAGCAGAGCAGCCUGUUCCCUCCCGCGCUGCUCCUGAAAGUCAGGGCCAGAUGGAAGGCGGUGGCCCCAGGAGAGCCGGAAAACUGGUCGCGGGGAGAAAAGCAGGCCCAGCCGAAGAAGAUGCCUCUAAUUCCCGAAGGGGAGGCCCACCUGCCCCGAAUGGCGGG